AUGUCUGAUUUAUUAGUUUUCCUGCUGAUCGUACAGAGCACAGCUUUUAUCAUUAGAGAAAUCCCAGUGACCGAACCCGUGACCUUCCCAUGUACCUGCUCUGGAAUCUGCCCAGUGGUUUCCUGGACGCGCUUUAUUCCCAGUAAAACUGUCCUUGCUAAAAUCUACACGUGUCCGAGUGAGCAGCAUUGUGAGAAAAGAUUUGCAGUAGCAGGAGACACCAGCAGAGAGGACUUCUCCCUGACGAUCAGUUCAGUGGUCUACAAUGACGCUGGCUCCUACAGGUGCACCUGUAAUGGAACAUCAGUUACUGAGAUCAAAUUGAACGUUUUUGUUCCCACAGCUGUAAAGGCUUUCGAAGGGGAGAGCGUCACCCUGCCGUGCUACGGAGACACUCGGCAUGAGGUUAAAGAUGUAAACUGGAAGAAAGCUGGACAAAAGGUUCUGCUGUACACUCCUGCAAACAGAUCAGUAACUACAUCAGAAGCCAGAUUUAUGUUAUCAGCAGAAGACUUUCCACAUGGUGAUCUGUCUCUUCACAUCAGUUCAGUCCAGCUGUCUGAUGCAGGACUUUAUCAGUGUCUCAUCCAUGAUGAAUCUCGGGAAGGAGAACCGAGAGCGGUUUCACUGAAGGUAGAAGGGCUACAACGUUCAACCGCCACCAGCAGCAAUAAAGUGUCAGUACUACGUGUGCUACUAGGAUCAAGCAUUUUGGUAGGAAUCAUCGGACUGCUCGUUUAGAUUGGAAGAAGAUGCUGUAAAUCCAGACAACAUGACCGAAAUUUCAAUUUAACCUGGAAUUUAAAGACAAUAAAUGAUGCAGUAACUGUUUUAUAUUUCUCGCAGGCUAUUGUAUUUCCGGGCUUCGUUUUUUUUAUCUGUAUUUUUAGGUCCUGCCCACUUCAGUGUGCCGGUUCCUUCCUGCGAUUAAUUGGAAGAUCAUUCGCUCUCACCUCAUUGAUAUGCCUCCAGCUUGAAUAGGAGACCAAGAAGCCUACUUAAACCCCUCCCAUCUUCACUACCUUGGCUUCACUGUUUAUCGUUCGAGUGUUGUUAAGAGAUAUGGCGUAUGACCCCUUUCUAGCUAUUGUGACUAUGUG